CCCACUGAACAACUCCUCCAGAAAGAGAAACAUGAGUUUCUGUGCUGAGUCUUCAGGAGACGCUGCUUGUUGAUCGACGUUUCGCUGCGUUCAGCUGACCGCUGGGUGUUUUUGAGUGUGGAGUGUUCAGCAUGGCUGUGACAGAGCGCUGUUUUACCGCCGCGCUCCUGCUGGCUGUGAGCACCUCAGCAGCGAUGAUGCCGGAUAACGACACGCGGAGCAUCGUCAGGACCUUCUCCGGGUUCUUCCUGACCGCCACUGAUGAGCCCUUCGACUAUCUGGACGUGCAGGAGGGCAGCGGCUCCGGCUUGGGCCCAGAGCGCGAACGCGCGCGGCCUCCGGUGGCCAACGGCCGCUACUACAUCUCCAAAGAGGCCUCGAGUUUCCUGCAGAGCCGCUUGGCUACGGUGUUCGUGCCCACCGUGUACACGCUCAUCUUCCUCACCAGCGUGCCCCUUAACCUGCUCGCGCUGGUGGCGUUCGCGCGCCGCGUGCGCCCCCAGAAGCCCGCGUCUAUUUACAUGAUGAACCUCGCGUGCGCCGACCUGCUCUUCGCGCUCCUCCUGCCCUUCCGCAUCUCCUACCACUACGGCGGCCACGACUGGCAGUUCGGCGACGGGCUGUGCCGCCUGCUCACCGCUGCCUUCUACUGCAACAUGUACUGCUCGGUGCUGCUGGUCACGGCCAUCAGCGCGGACCGCCUGCUGGCCGUCGCCUACCCGACGGACUCGCUGGUCUGGCGCACGCCCUGCAACGCCUGGGCCGCGUGCGCCGCCGCGUGGCUGCUCUCGUGCGCCGGCGUCUUCCCCUUGCUGCUGUCCGAGCAGACCCUGCGCGUGUCCCAGCUCGACAUCACCACGUGCCACGACGUGCUGGACGUGCGCAAGCUGCGCUCCUACUACGUCUACUUCUUCCCCGCCUACAGCGCGCUCUUCUUCUUCAUCCCCUUCCUCCUCAGCGCCGUGUGCUACUUCAGGAUCAUCCGGGUCCUGUGCGGGGUGAGCAACCGCCCCAAGCGGACCCGGGCGGUGCUGAUGGCCGCCACGGUGUUCAUCGUGUUUGCGGUGUGCUUCGCGCCGACCAACGUGAUCCUCGUGUUGCACUCGCUGCACGCGGCUCAAGGGCAGGCCGACUCCUCGUACGUGGCCUACCUGCUGGCCAUGUGUGCGGGCAGCGCGAGCUGCAGCCUCGACCCCCUGCUCUAUUACUUCGGCUCGUCGCGCUGCCACCAGAUGGCGCUCGACUUCCUCACGGGCAGGAGCUGGAGGAGGCGUAGCGCGGCGGAGGGGACGGACAGCUCGCAGUCCACGAGGUCCAGCAAACUGGACACCUUUAAAAGCAGUGUGGGUGGACAGUACAGGAAGCUCAUGGCCUGAGCUGAACGGAGUCCAGAUCCGCUUGAAGGAAUAAUUUGGCAAAAAGCUCAAAUUCACUGAACCCCCACAGCCCGAAAGCUGAGACGGCUGAUGUUCGGUGUACAGACGUUACGCUUCCAGAGCCACAGCUAGCGGCUAUGAUAGAGGUGAGAGCUCCUGCUGAAAAGGCAGCUUAGACCAGCCUGUAUUCCAUUAAGCUGGUCUAGUGCUGGUUUAGCUGCUCACCCAGCAUGGUCAUGGUGGUUGACCAGAGUACCAGUAUCCAAAACAAUGCAUGCUGGUUUUAGUUGUAAUCAGCAUAACACCUUUUCCGUUGCUGCUGACCAGCAUCCAAAACUAGUUUUGCAGGGUUUUUUCUAGCAGAGGUCACAUUAAACAUAAUAAUUUGGUGAAAACUGUCUGACAUCUAUGGAGCCCUGAGGGUGACAUCCUGUAUAAAUCAAAAUAACGCAUGCCCAUGAAUUACUAAGGCGUGGGAACAGGAUCUUGUUGAACAAAAUGCAUGGCCACAACUAAGCAAGGCAUGUUCUCAUUCUCACAACUUACUAAGUUGUGGCCACAAUUUAUCUCAUUACCACACCUUACUAAGCCAUGGCCAUGCACUAGGAUCUCAUUCCCACAUGAUAAUAAGAUGUGGCCACACAUUAUUUUCAUUUAUAUAGGAUGUCACCAGCAGGGCUCCAUAGAAGUCACUCUGUGAUGUUAAGUAAUCUCAAAAAGACUAUAGACUAAAGGCUUAUGUGGUUUCUCACAUUAUGGUUGUUAUCACUACCACUUUAGAACAAGACUACAAUUAUAACGCAUUAAUGAAUGGUUUAUAAAUGUAUAAUGUUUAUUAAUGGUUAAUAGUUAGUUCAUACAUACCUCAAAAAUAAUUAAUAAGCAGUUACAACACAAACAAACAAGGAAACAAUGACUUGUGUCAGCUUUAUCACAUAUUCAGGUUCAUCAGAUAGCUGAAUUUUGUCCUUGUGUUAUAACUGUUUAUUCAUGCUUUUUAAUGUGUUUAUGACCUAAUUAAUAAACAUUAAUAAACUUAUUUUAAACCAUAAAUGUUUUUAUAAGGGUAGCGUUAUUCUAAAGUGGUACCAUGCUAUCUAUAAAAAUGGACACUAGUAUGGACAAAGUUCAGUCUUCAAGACGGUGCUACUCCCGCUUCACUUUAGCCAUGCAGUGUUGGAGAUAACAGUAUACAAGCACACAGUGUCAGAAACCACGUCAGCAGUUCUGUCUGAGAUUAUUACCAAGUUACACUAGCCUCUUAGCUCCAGUGUCUUUGGACAGUAAAUGUGUCUUGGCUGGUCACUGCAUUUGGGGUAAACUGGUGAAAAACUGUGCAUGUUUGACUUUUUGCCAAACUAUUGCUUUAAAGACUGGCAGCCCACUGUUUCAGGAAGAUUAAGCUUUGUAUCCUUUACAUCUUAUCAGUAUGUUAAGUGUAAAUCAGGUAAUCACUCUUAUACUGCAGUUAUCACAUGCUUGCAUAAUGGACAUGUUGCACUAUGCAUGCUACUAAACAGGCCCAGCAGGCUGAGCCAAGGACUUAUGUAUAGACUUGUCCAUAUCCCUUAAAAUGGACCUGUAUCUUUGUGUAUAUGUAUUAUAUCAGUAUUUCUGCACAUUUGAGCAUUUUUCCUGCACUAAGCUGUCAGUUUUAGAUUAGUCCAGUUUUGCAGGACUGAGAUACUUCAGGAAUUGAAACCAUUAUACUAUGUAAACAGAUUAAAAAUGUAAUUUCAUAAGAAAUUUGUAAAUAAAAACACACAAUAAUCAGAAAACGA